GCCAGCAGCCAGUCUGCCUGGCCAGUCGUGUAUACUGUACAGCCGUGUAUCGGUCGCGGGCGAUUGUGGGCGAAUGUGGACUCCGCGCGUAAAUGGCGUCGUCGCCGUGCCGUUAUGAGCGAGUGUGUGCCGUGCAAUAACGCGUACGGGCCGCGUCCGGGCGCGGCGCCUCGCGGCCCAGCCUGACGAAGGGGAAGGAGCGAACGCGAACGCGAACGCGCCGAGACCCCCGGGUGUGUGGCGUGUGGCGUGUGCCCCUCGACCGCCGACGGGGAUCGGGAAGAAAUCAUUUUCGGAGCGUGUGCCCUCCUCCGGCGGGCCUGCAUUGGCCACAUCGACGGCAGAGGCGACGGGGAACGGUGACGAGAGUUGUGAGAUAGGUCCAGAAGAGAAUCGGCGGUGCCGAGAUGCAGGCGGAAUUGAUGUAUCGAAAACCAUCGGCGAUGACGAGCCAGGGCGGUUUUCAUCAUGCCGGCAAUGAUAACAAACGGGAAAAGAACGGAGGACGGGAUUCGCGGGAGACGAUACACUCGGGCCACUUUAUGGUGUCGGACUUCGAGGCCGAGGCACAGGACGAUGAAGACGAGCUCGCUGUGCCGGUGCCGGACCAGGAGGAGUUCUCGAUCUCUACCACGCCAGGUUGCUUUUACGAGAGAUUCGCGAGUACGUUGAACGACAGGAACACCUCCCAGCAGCUGAGCAUCGAGACAUCCUUGAACAAGCUCUUCAAAUGCAUGUCCCUCGCCUACAGACAGAAGCUGACAUCGCCUAAGUGGAAUCGCUUCAAAGGCAUCAGAUUAAGAUGGAAGGACAAGAUCAGACUGAACAAUGUAAUCUGGAGAUGCUGGCACAUGCAAUUUAUAUUGAAGCAAAACACGCUGGUGUGUCAGUUUGCAUCGCCACUUGACGUGGAUACUCACAACAAACCCGAGGCGGUGGUCUUAGAGGGAAAAUACUGGAAACGAAAGCUCGCGGCCGUCACAGCGGAAUACAAAAAAUGGCGUAUGUUCUAUCGAAACAAAAUCCUUGGCUGGACGAACAAAGAUGGCAUAGAGAUGAUGGAAUCGAUGGACUUGCUGGAUUGGGGCAGUGAAUGUGGCCUCACCGGUGACUUUGGAGUGGCUACGGGAAAUGCAUUUGGAAAUACAGGCGGUACUUCAGGUGGAGAGAGUAUGAUGGUUGAUGAAGACUAUAUGGAAUUGAUGACCGACACCCUUUUUUCAACCAUCAGCUCGAAUCAACCGAUAUACUUUCCUGAUCCUAGAGAAAUCGCGCGAGGUGCUAAUUUAGCGGAUUUCAUUCAACCUAGUCUAGGCCCGUUGCAACCGAACCUGGACGAUUUUAUGGAUACGUUAGAGCCAUUGCAAGAAUUCUUAAACUCGAAAUUGCCUCCCGUACCCGAAGAAGACGAUAUAUUUCGAAAUAAUAAUAUAAAUACUAAUUAUCCCGAUUUGGACCUGAUGACACCAAUUAAUCAAAUGAACGAAAUAGGCGAGGUUCCGACAAUAAAAAAUGAACAUAUCGUACAACAAUUGUCUCAGGAAGAGCAAGAGGCUAACAUGCAGAAUCUCCAAUACACCGCCAAGAUAUAUACUCAGCCUCAACCUGAAACAGCGAAUAUGUAUAGGAAUAACAUAGCUAUGAGUCAAAAUUAUGCUCUUCAACCGAACUUCGAGGCGUCCGUUACGACAAAUCAACCCAUACGAGAAAAAACUAGAGGUAGCAGAGGGUUGUCGAGAAACGGUCGCGUGAUACAGCAAUCCCAACAACAGCAGCAACAGGACAUAUAUCAAGCGACUACACAGCAGCAGAAUUCAGGCUUCCAAUCGCAACCACCGCAGUCUUACGCGAUGGAGAUUCAAGCGGUGCGAUUAACACCGGUGCAGCCACAAUCUGUGCAGAUCACUACACUGAACGAUCAAUCGGCAGUUAAUGCCAGUCAUAUACCUGCAAUCACCGCCGCUGCCGUGCAAAAUCUGGUGACGGUACAGCAUAAUUUUGCCACGCAAGCCGUCAAUUCGCAACUGCAGACCCAGCAUCAAGCAAUAAGGCCUUUGCCGACCCUCUCACCGAUGUCUAGCAAACCUUACAAGAUCGUUCAGCCGCAGCAGCAGUGCUAUAAGUUUCCGAACCUCGUACAGAACCUUAAUGCUCAACAGUGUAAAUUUAAUACUAAUAGCUUACUUAAGACGCAUCAUACGCAAGUAGUAUCAUCGGAGCAACCAUCGCAAUCACAGAUAUUGCUACAGUGUAGGUCAUCUAGUUUGGACCUUACUACGUCCACUUUGCAUACCAAGCUGUUACCUCAACCGACGACGUCCAACGUGGAGAAAGAAGAGAUCUUCGCUGUACCUAAGUAUCAAAUGAAAGGAAGGAAUAGAUCCCGAAGUAGCUCUUCUUUAACGGCGCCUAGAAUACAUCCACCGCCGCUAGUAUCUGCAGUGAGCGACCCAGCUCUGAAUCUGAAUAACAAUGUUUUGCUUGCACGCUUACUUACGAAUAGUAAAGUAACGCAAGUAACGACAACUCAACAUAUCACGACCCCAGUGACUGUACAAACAAUAAAAACUUCUAGUAUACAGCAGACUCAACCACAGCAACAGACAAUGCAACCAUCCACAGCCCAACAGAUUCUCUUAAAUGCGAAAAAUCAAACGCAUCAGUCCCACAAUAGUCCAAUAGGUUCACCAAAGGAUAGCAGCUCUAAUGCACACAGUCCUCAGGCUUUAAGUCUUAGCCCUCUACAUAGCCCCAUGAGUAUAGGUAGUCCUUUAUCACCCACUCGUGGAUACAUGAAGAGUGAGUCAGAAAGGGGGCAGUACAAAGAGCAGAGGCGAGUCGGUCAUAUUCAUGCGGAACAGAAGCGUAGAUAUAACAUCAAGAAUGGCUUUGAUAUGCUGCACAGUUUAAUACCACAGCUCAGUCAGAAUUCCAAUACGAAAUUAAGUAAAGCCGCAAUGUUACAUAAAGGGGCGGAUUAUAUCCGACAACUUAAGGCAGAAAGACAUCAAUUAAAAGAUGAGAUGGAUAGCCUGAGACAACAAAUUGAGUGCCUUAAUAUGUCUAUUAGUAAUUGUCAAUCUAUGCUUCCUGCAACGGGUGCUCCAAUUGGUUCUAGACAUAGAACCAGCAAGAUAAAAGAGAUGUUUGACGAAUAUGUACGUGUGCGCACGCAAGAAAACUGGAAAUUCUGGAUUUUCAGUAUAUUGUUAGAACCAUUGAUGCUGUCUUUCAAUGCUUCAGUCUCAACUGCGAGUAUCGAAGAUUUGUAUAGAAGUACAUUGUUGUGGGUAGAUCAACAUUGUUCACUCGUCGAUCUCAGACCAGCUGUUCUGAAUUCUCUCAAGACUCUGUGUACUGCCACUGAUAUUUUAUCAGAUCCGACUCGCCUUCCCGAAGAAGCGCUUGCGGCAGUCAAUCGAACGGAACGCCGACGAUCCAUGCAGUGAUCAAGUGCGUGAAUUCAACAGCGUGUUUGUAUAAAAAAAGUUUAAGAUUUAGAUAUAUAUAUGAAUGUAAGGAUGAUAGUUACCGUAUAACUUAAGUUAGCCUAUGCGAAACAAAAAGAAGACAUAACAUUCGGUUAGUUAACCGAAACGCAGAAAUAAGAAUUUAAGUGCAAUUCCUCUUUUUAUUGCAACGUCACGUUAUUGUUGCAAAGUCUAUAAUAGAUAAUUAUAAAAAACGUUUUAUAUUACAGAUUUGAAUAAAAAAUAUGUGUACAUACUACACUCUUAUACUGCAGUGCGUAUACUGACAGUAUGUAUGUAUAUUGAUACAGUACUUGAUACUAAUAUUGACAUGGCACAAUCAUUCGCAUUAACAUAAUUACUUUUUGACAAAAUUGUCUCAUGUGUACUUUUUCUCACGUUUAUUUCGCGCAAUUGUAUGCAUUAUAUGAAACUACACAGACU